GUGUUUCUCAGAUUUAGGGUAAUGAAGUGAGAAUGUCGCAAGCGCCAGGCGGCAAGAAAGGUGGCAAAGGACCACCGAAGAAGAACAUAGAUGAUGACAAAACUACAGCAGCUAAGAAUACAGAAGAAAAAGAAGAGACGUCUUCCAACAAUGGCGAUAAGAAGGAGGUUAAGGAGACCAACGGAGAUGUGCCGAAGCCGCCUAGUGCAGGUGUUAACAUGCGGGAUGCGGCGACAAAGAUAUUGGGACUGGCGCAGAAGGGGGAAUGGUCGGCGGUGGAACAGACCCUUAAGGUGCUGGAGAAGUUGGUGGCUGCUGGCGGCGAGGACACUGUAACUGUGCCUAUGGCUGGCAUACUUGAUCCGGCGACAGGAAUGACACCUCUAAUGUAUGCGGUCAAAGACAAUCGCACAGCCUUUGUAGAACGUCUAAUAGAACUCGGAUCUGAUGUUGGAGCGAGGAAUAAUGACAACUAUAAUGUGCUGCACAUAUCAGCGAUGUACUCGAGAGAAGAUAUUGUCAAGUUGUUGUUGUCCAAACGCGGUGUCGAUCCUUUCGCUACAGGCGGAAGUCGGCAGCAGACGGCGGUGCACCUGGUAGCCAGCAGGCAGACUGGCACCGCCACCAGCAUUCUACGCGCAUUGCUCACUGCAGCGGGGAAAGACAUACGGCUACGUGUGGAUGGGAGGGGAAAGGUUCCGCUUCUGCUGGCGGUGGAGGCCGGCAACCAGAGCAUGGUGCGCGAGCUGCUCAGCGCACAAACUGCAGAACAGCUUAAGGCAUCGACUCCAGCGGGUGACACAGCGUUGCAUCUGGCGGCGCGGCGACGAGACGUGGACAUGGCGCGUAUCCUCGUGGACUACGGCGCGGCCGUGGACGCCACCAACGGCGCCGGACAAACCGCGUUGCACAUCGCUGCCGCCGAAGGGGACGAGCCUCUCGUCAAGUACUUCUACGGUGUGCGAGCGAACGCUUCCAUUACAGAUAAUGAAGAUCGGACACCAAUGCAUUUAGCAGCUGAAAAUGGGCACGCAGCCAUCAUCGAACUUCUAGCGGAUAAAUUUAAGGCCUCCAUUUUCGAAAGAACAAAAGACGGCAGUACUUUGAUGCACAUCGCCUCGCUUAACGGACACGCUGACUGUGCAAUGAUGCUGUUCAAGAAAGGUGUCUAUCUUCAUAUGCCAAAUAAGGAUGGAGCGCGGAGCAUUCACACUGCGGCGAGGUACGGUCAUGUUGGUAUCAUCAACACUUUGCUACAGAAAGGCGAGAGUGUGGAUGUUACGACCAAUGACAACUAUACAGCACUCCACGUUGCGGUAGAAUCUUGCAAGCCCGCGGUGGUCGAAACUCUUCUUGGGUAUGGUGCUGAUGUGCAUAUAAGAGGAGGAAGGCAACGAGAAACACCUUUGCAUAUAGCUGCUAGGAUACCAGAUGGAGAUAAAUGUGCACUCAUGUUGUUAAAAUCUGGAGCUGGUCCAAACAAGGCUACUGAGGAUGGUAUGACACCGGUUCAUGUAUCAGCUAAGUAUGGAAAUCUAGCGACUUUGUUACUUCUUCUUGAAGACGGUGGUGACCCUUUAAGGAAAACAAAGUCCGGUGAAACACCUCUUCAUAUGGCGUGUAGGAGUUGCCAGCCAGAUAUAGUGCGGCAGUUAAUCGAAUUUGUAAAAGAAACCAAAGGUGAAGCUAUUGCUACUGCAUACAUAGAUGCAGUCGACGAAGAUGGUGCAACUGCACUACAUUUUGCAUGUAAAAUUACAAAAGAAGAGGUUAAAAUGCCCUCCGCCGAUCGAGAAGUCGUUAAAUGUUUGAUGCAAAAUGGUGCCGACGUAACAUUAGUGACCAAACAUAACCAUGAGACAGUGUUCCAUUUUUGUGCAAUAGCUGGUAACAAUGACGUGAUGACUGAAAUGAUUUCUGAUAUGUCAACUGCUGACGUCAGCAAAGCUCUCAACAAACAAAAUUCUAUAGGUUGGACGCCUCUCCUAAUAGCAUGUCAUCGAGGUCAUAUGGAACUUGUUAAUAAUUUGUUAACUAACCACGCUAGGGUAGAUGUUUUUGAUGUAGAAGGUCGAUCAGCGUUACAUCUCGCUGCUGAACAUGGUUAUUUGCAAGUAUGCGAUGCUUUAUUAACAAAUAAAGCAUUUAUUAACUCUAAAGCCAGAAAUGGAAGAACCGCUCUACAUUUAGCCGCGAUGAAUGGUUAUGCCCAUUUAGUCAAAUUUCUCAUUAGAGAUCACAAUGCAAUGAUCGAUGUACUUACAUUAAAGAAACAAACGCCAUUGCAUUUGGCUGCAGCUAGUGGACAAAUGGAAGUUUGUAAAUUACUCCUUGAAUUAGGAGCUAACAUUGAUGCUACUGAUGAAUUGGGUCAAAAACCAAUACAUGCUGCCGCACAGAACAAUUAUUCUGAAGUUGUUCAGUUAUUUCUUCAACAACAUCCCAACCUAGUCAUGGCGACUACAAAAGACGGCAACACCUGUGCCCAUAUAGCCGCUAUUCAGGGAUCAGUGAAAGUUAUCGAAGAACUAAUGAAAUUUGAUCGGACUGGUGUUAUAUCAGCCAGAAACAAAUUAAAUGAUUCAACUCCGUUACAAUUAGCUGCGGAGGGUGGUCACGCAGAUGUUGUACGAGUUCUUGUCAGAGCCGGUGCUUCAUGUACUGAUGAAAAUAGAGAAGGAUUAACAGCUGUACAUUUAGCUGCUGAACAUGGUCAUACUAAUGUUCUAGAUGUUAUGAGGUCAACAAAUACUCUGAGAAUUUCAAGUAAAAAGUUAGGUUUGACACCUCUUCAUAUCGCAGCGUAUUAUGGACAAGCCGAAACUGUUCGCGAGCUACUUUCAUUCGUUCCCGGAACGGUUAAGUCUGAACCACCUACGGGCAUGUCUUUAGUGCCUGUACUAGGUGCAGAAUCGGGACUUACACCACUUCACCUUGCUGCUUAUAAUGGGAACGAAAACGUUGUAAGACUGCUUCUCAAUUCUCCUGGGGUACAAGUUGAUGCUGCUUCAAAUGAAAAUGGUUACAAUCCUUUACACCUUGCCUGUUUUGGUGGACAUAUGUCUAUUGUAGGCUUGUUAUUAAGUAGAUCAGCAGAAUUGCUGCAAAGCAUAGAUAGACACGGUAAAACAGGUUUACACAUAGCUUCAACAUACGGGCAUUAUCAAAUGGUCGAAGUAUUACUGGGACAAGGCGCAGAAAUUAAUGCCACAGAUAAAAAUGGAUGGACUCCUUUACAUUGUGCAGCAAAAGCUGGUCAUUUAAAUGUAGUAAAGCUGUUGUGCGAGUCUGGAGCUUCACCUAAAAGCGAAACAAAUUUGAAUUGUGCUCCUAUUUGGUUUGCUGCUUCAGAAAAUCAUAAUGAUGUACUUGAAUAUUUAUUACAUAAGGAGCAUGACACACAAUCUCUUAUGGAUGAUAAGAGAUUUAUUUAUAAUCUAAUGGUUUGUUCAAAAAACCACAAUAAUAUUCCUAUUGAAGAAUUUGUUUUGGUUUCACCAGCACCAGUGGAUACAGCUGCAAAAUUGUCAAACCUUUAUAUAAAUUUAUCUACUAAGGAAAAGGAGCGUGCCAAAGAUCUUAUAGCAGCUGGUAAACAGUGCGAAGCAAUGGCUACAGAAUUAUUAGCGUUAGCUGCCGGUGCCGAUUCGGCUGGUCAUAUAUUGACUGCUACUGAUAAUAGAAAUAUCGAAUUUUUAGAUGUAUUAAUAGAAAAUGAGCAAAAGGAAGUCAUAGCGCACACAGUCGUCCAAAGAUAUCUUCAGGAACUCUGGAGAGGAAGCCUCAAAUGGAGUGGCAUCAAAAUUAUGUUCCUUUUUUUUGCGUUUAUAAUAUGUCCACCAGUUUGGAUAGUGUUUUCUCUUCCACUAGGACACAGAUAUAAUAAAAUUCCAAUUAUUAAAUUCAUGUCGUAUUUAACGGCCCAUAUUUAUCUAAUGAUAUUACUAGCACUAGUAGCAAUAACACCAAUUUAUAAUUCCAUUUUUAGGGAAAGUUUGGUCCCGAGAUGGUAUGAAUGGAUGCUUCUCAUUUCAUUGAGUGGCCUUCUACUUUUUGAAUUAACUAACCCUAGUGAUAAAUCAGGUUUAGGUUGGAUAAAAAUAGCUGUACUAUUAUUAGGAAUGAUUGGGGUAGCGACCCAUGUCGUUGGUUGGAUUUUCGUUAUGCCCAAAUACUGGCCAACACUAAUGUAUUGCAGAAAUCAAUGUUUUGCGCUAUCUUUUUUAUUAGCUUGUGUUCAAAUAUUGGACUUCUUGUCAUUUCAUCAUCUUUUUGGACCAUGGGCUAUUAUUAUUGGCGAUUUAAUGAAGGAUUUAGGAAGAUUUCUUGCAGUAUUAGCUAUAUUUGUUUUCGGUUUCUCGAUGCAUAUUGUCGCCUUAAAUCAACCGUUUAGGAACUUGAAUAAACCUGAAGACAAUAAGUACGCAAGGCAAGCGAGAAGGAAAAUUUUUUCAGACGUGACAAUGAACCCGCUAUUUUCCUUCGAGCUGCUAUUCUUCGCUGUGUUCGGGCAGACGACUACCGAGCAAACGAGGGUGCAUCGAAACGAUACUAAUACGCAACCCGCGUGGACAAAUUACUUAUUCAAAAUUGUGUUCGGAAUUUAUAUGCUGGUGUCGGUGGUGGUACUAAUUAAUCUACUGAUUGCUAUGAUGUCAGACACUUAUCAGAGAAUUCAGGCACAAUCUGAUAUAGAAUGGAAAUACGGACUGUCUAAGCUUAUUCGUAACAUGCAUCGAACGAAUACAGCGCCAUCGCCACUUAAUUUGGUAACCACGUGGCUUAUGUGGUUGAUACACCGAUGUAAGAAUCGACUGACAAAGAAGAAACGACCAAGCUUAGUUCACAUGAUUGGAAUGCAAAGACAAGAUCAAUUAAGUGCUCGAUCUAAGGCAGGGGCAAAGUGGCUUUCCAAAGUGAAGCGAGGACAGGUUGUUCCAAAAGAUUCCACACGUCUAUCUGUUGUGCACUUAAGUCCACUAGGCUCUCAAUUAAGCUUCAACAAUAUGACACGUAUUGAAAAUGUUGUUGACUGGGAGAUCAUUGCCAAGAAGUACAGAGCACUAACGAGAGACGAGCCAGAGGAACUGCUUUCUAAGGAAAGCGAAGCAGAUACCGCUGAUGAGGAGUCAGAGAUAGUUCCCAAUAAUAUUGCUGCAGCGUCUUGAACGAGGAAUUGAAGUAAAAUGGAAUUUUAAGAAGGAAUUAAUGCUAAAUAAAAAAGUUAACGUUUUGAUUAAGAAUGCAAUUUGAUGAUUGUUAUUUAAAAAACAUUCUUUUACAACAAGAGCAUCACGAGUAAAGUAUGAGUAGGUAUUGACUUCAUGACGUCACGAAAGUAAACAGUAUUAAUAAGAAGAACUAUAAUUUUACGAGUUAGGGGCAUUUAAAUAUGUUGAGGAAUUGUUCGAACAUGAAUAAUUUUUAAAUUCUUGCAAAACCGAAUUUGUAAAACGAUAGCGAA